AUUCUUUAUAUUUUCAGGAAAAUCUGCCGACACUGUAAAUGUCCGCCAGAAACACAUGACAUGUCUGUGGGCAGUGAACAGGAUCGAAGUCUUCAAAGGUUAAUACACGAUGUUAAACGGAAUUCAACGUCUGAUGAUGACAGUGGAUGUCCUUUAGAGGAAUAUACGUGGGUACCUCCAGGAUUGAAGCCAGAACAGGUUCAUCAAUAUUUUGGAGCCAUUUCAGAUGACAAGGUUCCGUAUUUAAACAGUAACGGUGAGAAAUAUCGUGUUCGACAAUUACUACAACAGUUGCCUCCCCAUGAUAAUGAGGUACGAUAUUGUAACAGCCUAUCAGAAGAGGAGAAGCGAGAGUUACGAAUGUUCAGUGCUCAACGAAAACGAGAGUGCCUGGGGCGUGGCAGUGUCCGUCCCCUUCCACUCACAAUGCAGGGUACCAUCUGCACGCGGUGUCACAAUGAGAUCCCAGGAGGUGAUAUGGCUGUUUUUGCAGCAAGAGCUGGUCACGAACGAUGCUGGCAUCCAUCUUGUUUCGUUUGCUCAACAUGCGGAGAGUUACUGGUUGAUCUGAUCUACUUCUUUAAAGAUGGAGAGUUAUUUUGUGGACGUCACCAUGCUGAGAAUUUGAAGCCGAGAUGUGCUGCAUGUGAUGAGAUAAUAUUUGCAGAUGAGUGCACGGAAGCUGAAGGAUUGUCAUGGCACAUGAAGCAUUUCUGCUGUUUUGAGUGUGAUGCACAGUUGGGUGGACAACGCUACAUCAUGCGUCAAGGGCGGCCAUAUUGUUGUCAGUGUUUUCAACGAAUGUUUGCCGAAUAUUGUGACACAUGUGGAGACCAUAUUGGAGUGGAUCAAGGACAAAUGACCCAUGAAGGUCAACACUGGCACGCAACGGAACAAUGUUUUAAGUGUCAUACGUGUCAGAAGUCGUUGCUAGGACAACCAUUUUUACCCAAACACGGUGUGAUAUAUUGCUCUGCCGCGUGUUCU